AUGGCGGAGGACGAGGAUGGUGUUUCAAAUAAAAAGUCGCCUCAAAAUACAAAUGAAGGAGCACCAUCGCAAGAAAAUGAACAAAAUGCAGCAAAACCUGACUUAGGUAUCGAAGAAGCAAAGUACAAUAGCAAUGAAAAUGGUGACGCAUCGCAUGCGGAGGCGAAAAGUUCUACCAAGUCUACAGGGGCGACGCGGAAAGAUGAGAACCCGUUUUCGUUUCGGCAUUUUCUGAAGCGGGAUCUUUCGUUGCCGGGUAACUCAACGUAUGAAAACACUGGCGCCCGUCCGAAAGUGUAUGCGAACACCGUGCAGCACUCCCCGACCAAGAUAGACGUACAUGCUGACUCGAGGCGGGAGAAGCCGCGCUCGAGCGACGCCCAAGCCAAAGAGAAGACUAACGAAGGCAGCAGCCAUCGUAUAAGUGACAACACAUCCUCAAGUAGUUCUGUAGAAAUACCUUUUAGUGUAGUGGAUAACUCAGAUUCUAAGCAUAACUUUUACACGGACAAUAAUGACGUGCCGUUCUAUCACAGACCUAAUUUGGCUUCGGAGCCUCUCGGGAUGCCUUCGUUGCCUGAUUUCGUACAAGACCACAUAUUAGUGGAACAGGCAUAUUUGAACUUUAAUGGGCCAAUAUCGGUGGAUUUGGAUAACUUACCGGACUUUACGUUUAAUACUAGUUUCAAUGCGGGAUCGUCUUCCUCGUUGGGUAGAAGGAAUAAUAGUAGUUAUGGUGGUAGGGGUUAUGAUUAUGAAUCGUAUAUGGGAGCGGCGUCUACAUCGAAUGAGGCUGGCCAGGCAGGCAGUGGGAUGCCGCUGGACCUGCCGGCCGGUGCUGAAGCAGCAGGGCCUGUGCCCCUGGACCUGCCACCGCACCUGAGUCUGGAUUGA